AUGCCGAAGAAUAAGGGAAAGGGAGGAAAGAAUCGAAGGAGAGGAAAGAAUGAGAACGAUGUUAUGAAAAGAGAGUUGAUCCGCCGUGAUGGAGACGAUCAGGGUGAGUUUUUUUACCUUUUUCUUCAUGUUUUAGGCGAAAUUAAGUAUGAGGAUGAUUGCACCAUUUCUUUGAAAGCUUUUUGACAGGUUGAUUUUAUGAACCCUUUCAUCAACUCAUGUCUAUUAUCCCGAACCCCAUUUCUUCCUCGAAAUUUUUGUGUCGUUUGAGUAUACCAAUCAAAUUUUUCUAAAAUUCCUCUUUUAGCCUAUGCUCAAGUGACCAAAAUGUUGGGAAACGGGCGUUUGACGGCUCAAUGUUUUGAUGGAAAAGAACGUUUAUGCCAUAUUCGAGGGAAACUCCGAAAGAAGGUGUGGAUCAACACUGGAGACAUCAUCCUGGUGGGUCUCCGAGGAUAUCAGGAGUCCAAGGCCGAUGUUAUUCUGAAAUACACCACUGACGAAGCCAGAAUAUUGAAGAAUGAAGGUCAACUUCCAGAAUCGGCCCGAUUGAAUGAAGGAGAAGAGCAAAACGAGGCUGAUGUGGAGUUCGGUAAGAGUUUUUGUUCUUUGGAUGUGUUUAGGUGGAGAGUGAAGAAUGUUUAGACUCAGAUCAGAUUGUUUUGUGAUUAAAAUUACAUUAUCCAUGUUUCAGUUGACUUUGGCGAUGAUGAUGAGGAGGACGAUGAGGGCGUUCGUGCCCAAGACCGUGUCUACGACAUCACCUCAUCCGAAUCGGACUCGGAUGAAGAAGAGGAGUCGGAUGACGAGGCCCCCGCUCUAGCCGAACCAGCUCCAUCCAAGAACAAAGCCCCGGCCAAACCGAAAUGGGCGGAGUCAUCAGAAUCCGAUGAUUCGGACGAUGAAGAUGAUGAAGAUCCCGAAUUGAUGGCCGAACGUGGCCAAUUCAAGAAGCCCGGCGGCCGAGAUCGCUACGGAAAGGCGACCAAAGGCAAGAAGGGAAAGUAAUUUUGUUGUAUUCACAGUGGUAUAAUUAUGUUCUCUGCUAAAUUCCAGAUUGUUUUUAAUGGUAUUUUCUUUGGAUAAAUGAAUGAUAAACAAGUCUGCGGUCAAUGGGAGAGUAUUUAUGCGCUCUGAGGUGAUUUUGGAGCUAGAAAUGGCAAUUUUAGGUAAAAAAAGAAAAAAUGACGUCAUGCACGAUCAUGUGUAAUAUAGAAAAGUUACAUUUUAGGCCGGAUUUGGUCGGUAAAUCACGAUCCAAUUGUAAUCGAAGUGUCGAAAGGCCAGUUUCUUUCAUCUAAAACAAUAUCAAGGCGUUUUUUUUAUUUCCGGAAACUGGAUUUCCCACUUGGAGAUCAGCCCUUUCUCCCAAAUUAGAUAAUUCCUCGGCGGCCUGAUAUAAAUCUCCACUUGCUCGCGGCAUUUCCGCUGCUAGAAAGACGACUUUUUUCCACGUCGAGCCUAAAACAAGGUCUGUUGAUUACUUAAUUUUAUUGUUACUUUGUAUUUUUAUGCCAUUUUGAUAAUUUGUAUGGGUAAAAUGAACUUCAUAUUUUAUUUUACAGGCGGUUGAUCUAAUUUUUUACCAAGGAUUUCAUGUUAUUACUAAUUUUAUAUUAUUUUAGUGAUGCCCAAAUCAGAAUGGGCCAAGUGGAAGGCGACUUUCGCCUCGAAUUACAAGGCCAUCAUCGUGUCGGCUUGCGCGGCCUACGCUCUGGUCGCUUUGGCGUCUUCAAUGAGCCGGGCGCACACUGUAACUUCCACUCAUCGGCCUCAAAUCAUCCGAGAUCUCAGUAAUCGAAACGAAAUUUCUGAAGACACAAAAAGAAUUGACAAAACAACGGCGAUUGGCGAUGAAAACGGAUCGUAUAAGGAUUCGAGAGUCGUCGAGAGCAGUGAUAAUUUGACGCCCAGUCGAAGCCCUGAGGCGAUAAAUGUUGAAGAUCUGAAACCAUCGACUCCAGAUGUUGAAUUCAGCAUUUCAACGACCCCAUACAACCAUGGAAUCGAUGUGUUGAGUGAAAAGGAAGGUCAAGAGACCGCUAGUAGUGACAGUACCACUGAUAAGGAUUCUACGACAACAGCAGCGACAGAAAACGAAAAAUUGUUUGAUGACUUUAAAGGUGAAACUAAACCAAGUUCCACUGUCUCUAGUGAGGGUUUGAAAGGGAAAUCUGGAUCCAAAACGACUGUGGCUGAAACAACAAAAGAUUCUGAAUCUUCCACACUCUCAACACUGUUCAGCGAUGGCCUAAUUACUGAGAAAUCGACCACCGAAAAAGAGGACUCAACUGAUGGUCAAGGAGAAGAUAAAUUAGCUACAACUGGCAAUUCUGAUGUCAUUGGAAGUUCCUCUAAAUCUAGUGUAGACUCUGAGAGUUCAAAAAGUUCGUCAAAAACUACACUCAGUCCUAUCCCUGAAGCUGAGGAGGAAGAGAUCACCAAAAAGGAGGAAAAAGAAGGAGAAAAUGGCUUUAUUGGAAAUGCCGAGCAAACUACUGCUUCUACAAGCAAAGCCAGUGAAUCUACAGCCAAAGGAGGUAGAUACAUCGCUACUAAAUCAACUUCAGAGGCGUCUACCAGCCAGGAUGACAUUAAAUUUUCGACCCGGACCGGCUCUACCUCGGAGAAGAUUUCAGAUGACGUCACUGAAACUACCACCGUCCAAACUUUAGAAUCCUCUACUUCAACGAAUGCAGAAUCACCUGCUGUGUCAGAAAAAACAGUAUCCGAAGAGACGACAACGAGUAUUGAUCAAAAUUUGGAGGUGAUUGUGAUUGAUGACAUUAAGAAAAAAAUCGAGAAAAACGAAACUCCCAGUCCAGUGAUUGACAACAAAAAUACUGGAAAACUGAUUACUGAGUUGGGAGGAGGUAACAAUCGGGCGAUUGAAGAGGUGCCGAAGACUUCUGGGAACUCUGAAAAUAUUGGAAUUGCUGAUUCUGUUGAUAUCAGUGGAACUGAGGUCAAUGGGACAAAGAAUAAUGACGAUAUCAACUUUGGAUUGCAGAAAGUAAGUGAUUACUGGUAAAUUUAUUGAAUAAAAAUUGCCAAAAUAAAUAUUUUUUAUAUUACACUAGAUACUUCUCUCAUUUUAGGGCGAGGAGAAGCGAGAUGGCCCUGCAACUGACUUCUAG